AUGAAUUCACCAGUAUACGUUUUAAACACUGCUGCUAAGCGUGAAAAUCAAAGAGAAGCCCAACAAGGUAUUUUCCUUGCUGUUAAGGCAAUUUCAAGUAUUAUUAAAACUUGUUUAGGUCCAAAAGCAAUGUUAAAGAUGAUUUUAGAUCCAAUGGGUACUACAAUUUGUACUAACGAUGGUAAUGCAAUUUUAAGAGAAAUUGAUGUAACUCACCCAGCAGCAAAAAGUAUGAUCGAACUUAGCAGAGCUCAAGAUGAAAAUGUUGGUGAUGGUACAACUUCAGUAGUUAUUUUAGCAUCAGAAAUUUUAAAUAGUUCAGAACAAUUUUUAGAGAAAAAAAUUCACCCACACUAUAUUAUUAAAGCUUUUCGUAUGGCAUUAGAUAACGCCAUCGAUAUUGUUGAUCAAUAUUCUGUUCCAAUCGAUUUAAAUAAAAAGGAUGAAGUUCUCAAGGUUAUUCAAUCAUGUAUUGGUACAAAAUUCAUUGGUAAAUGGGGUAGUUUAAUGUGUAACCUCGCUUUAGAUGCCGUUUUAACUGUUCAUAUUCAAGACGAAGAUGGUCGUAGUGAAAUCGAUAUCAAAAGAUAUGCCAAAGUAGAAAAGAUUCCAGGUGGUGAUAUUUCAGAUUGCAGAGUUAUUAAAGGUGUUAUGUUAAAUAAAGAUGUAACUCAUCCAAAGAUGAGACGUGUUAUCAAGAACCCAAGAAUCAUUUUAUUAGAUUGUUCACUCGAAUACAAGAAAGGUGAAUCCGAUACCAUGGUCGAUAUUACCAACGAAGAUGACUUUGCUGCUCUCUUAAAGAUCGAAGAAGAAUAUGUUCAACGUAUUUGCGAAGAUAUUAUCAAAUUAAAACCAGAUCUUGUUUUCACUGAAAAAGGUGUCUCUGAUCUUGCUCAACACUUUUUCGUUAAAAAAGGUAUCACCUGUCUCCGUCGUCUUAAAAAGAGUGAAAAUAAUCGUAUUGCUCGUAUCUCUGGUGCAACUAUUGUUUCUAGAACUGAUGAACUUCAAGAAUCAGAUGUUGGUACUGGUUGUGGUCUCUUUGAAAUCCGUAAGAUUGGUGAUGAAUACUUUACUUUCUUAGAAGAAUGCAAAGAACCAAAAGCCUGUACUAUUCUCUUAAGAGGUGCAAGCAAAGAUAUUUUAAAUGAAAUCGAAAGAAAUCUUACCGAUGCUCUUAAUGUUGCCAGAAAUAUUGUUUUAGAUCCACGUCUUGUCCCAGGUGGUGGUGCUAUCGAAAUGGCCGUCUCACAAGCUCUUUCAGAAAAAUCAAAAUCAAUUGAAGGUCUCUACCAAUUACCAUAUAAAGCUCUCGCUCAAUCACUCGAAGUCAUUCCAAGAAUCCUCGGUCAAAAUUGUGGUGCCAACACUGUCAAACUCUUAACCGAAUUAAGAGCUAAACAUGCUUCAAAUCCAACUGAAAACUAUACUUUUGGUAUCGAUGGUGAUAAAGGUACUAUUGUUGAUAUGAAAGAUUUAGGUGUUUGGGAUACUCAUUCAGUUAAAAUUCAAACUCUCAAAACUUCAAUCGAAAACGCUUGUACACUUCUUAGAGUAGAUCACAUUUCAUCAACUUCAAAUAUUUAAAUUUACAAUUUUUUUCUAAAUUUAAAUUUUUAGAAAAAAAAAAAAAAAAAAAAAUAAAAAAACAAUAAAAAAUAAAAAAAUAUAAUAUAUAUACAAAAAAAAAUUACAAAAAAAAACAUCGGUGAUUAUAAAGCUACAAU